CGGCUAGACGAGUUCCUCUUGAACUCUGGAGUGACCUGUUGUUUGUGAUUUGCUUUCAAAAUUGUCUAUAAACAAACAGAUUCCUGACAGUGACACUACAAACGACGACUUGCAAGUGUGAAGAGGUCACGAUGGUGAACGCAGGACCAAAAUAGAAAGCGAACAGCAAGAGCGGUACAGACAGAAGGAAAGACGAAGAGAGAGAGAGACAGAGAGAGUUAUUUGUUUUCCCUGAAGACCGGUUCUGAGGAAGACUUUCCAAGAUGUCGCCAUCGCAGACCACUCCCUGCUUUAUCGCUGCUCAAAAGCAGCCCAUUCCCGACGAUGCAGACGAACUGAAGGAACUGCGCUCCAACGGGAAGUGGGCGGCAGCCAUCGCCCUGGCCAGCUACAUCUACGGCGAGUACACCGUCGCCCGGCAGCUGCCCAAGGACCCGAGGCAGAACGGCUGGUGGCUGAUGUCCUCGCCUUUGCCGACGAUGCUCUUCUGUUUCAUCUACAUCUUCGCCGUCACCUACCUCGGGCCGAAUCUAAUGAAGAACCGGAAGCCCUUCACGGGGCUAAGGUCCGUCAUGAUGCUCUACAAUGCCAUACAGGUCGUCUACUCCGCCUGGCUCUUCUAUGAGGCCGGCGUGGGUGGUUGGUUCGGGAAGUACAAAUUUAUUUGCGAACUGUGUGACUUCUCCAAUAAUCCCCUCCCCGUGCGGAUGAUGCACUGUGGUUUCUGGUACUACUUCUCCAAGUUCGUCGACUUCAUCGACACGAUCUUCUUCAUCCUGCACAAGAAGUACGAACACAUUUCCCUUCUUCACGUCUCCCACCAUGCCCUCAUGCCCAUCAGCAUGUGGUACGGCAUCCGAUACCAACCUGGAGGACACAGCACCCUCAUGGGCUUCCUUAACGCCUUCGUGCACACCGUCAUGUACGCCUACUACCUCCUGGCCGCCAUGGGACCUCGCGUCCGUCCAUUCCUGUGGUGGAAGAAGUACUUGACCACUCUGCAGAUGCUUCAAUUUACCGUCGUCUUCUUCCACGCUGCCGUACUCGUCUACAUCGACUGCGCCGUCCCUAAGAUCCUCGUGACGUGGGUCGGGGGAGUGGCUGUCAUGUUCUUCGUCCUCUUCGCUGACUUCUACAUCAAGGCCUACAGGAAGGGACUAAAGAAAGGAGCUGCAAAAUCCAAGGGUCUGGAAAUCGGGACAUCUGCUGGAGCGUCCAACGGCAUCGGAACGAAGCUCCCCAACGGAAGUUGCGACGAAACCGGAGUGAAGUUGGCCAACGGCUUCGGCGAGGGAACUUCGCUGAAGUACAGAGCUCAAACAUAGAUGGCACCACUGUGCAAUGCUCAGCCCACUGAUGCGACCCCCCCCCCCCCCCCACAAAAAAAAAGAGAGAAAAAAAAAACACAUUUUCAUGAUAUUAUUUGGGCUUUGAUUCUCUUGAAUCGUAAACGUAGAGAAUUUGUACAUAUUAGUCAUAUACAAGGCCUGUCUUAAUUUUAAGGAUAUUAAUGUAUAAAGUCAAAUGAUUAGAAUGCGGAUGGAACAAAUACAGAAAAAAACAAGACUUUGUAAAAAUGUUGGCCUCUUUACAGAGUGCUUUAAAAGCAUGUUAGUUAUAAUGGAGUUUUCGCUUUUAUGAUAUCAUGGAAAUGAUCUAUAACACUUAUACGCAUCCAGUAUUCCUACUGUUUAAGUCUUUCUACAGUUUCCAUUCCAAGGUUCUUCAUAGUUUAUCGAUGCCGACCUUUUCUAGAAUUAUGGACGGUUAGCAUUUUUCGGGUAAUUGCUAUAAAUAUGCCUUGCAAGUUUAUUGAUUGCAUGCAAUCCAGUUUCAUAGACAAACAGAGUACUACUGCUAUGGAUAUAUUAGUUAUGGAGGUUAAAAGCAAUUCUGCUAUAACUGAAAGUUUUGUAUAUAUAU